CUCGCCGGCAGGGUCUGGAGCUGAGCUCUCUGAGCAGCCAGUUACCGUGAGGCAGACAAGCAUGGUCGCAGAGAGACGGCGAGCAGCUUAGCGUCUCUCCAUGUAGCCGGGUGUCGGGUAUCUGAGGUCCAGUAGUAGCAGGAGACACUAUCAGGAGGACAUCCUCUUUUUUUUUGAGCUUUUCGCUAAAGGAAAACACAACUUUUUCCCCCAACCUGCUGUUCUCUGUUUUUUAAACUUUCCUUUUCAUUGUUUUUUUUGUUUUGUUUGUUUUGUUUUUUUUGUCUUUCCUCACUUGGCGGGUCUUUGUGUCACCAAAGGGCCGCAUGCAUGACACUCCGCAAAGGCGAGAAGACCACCAUCAGCAUCCAGGAGCACAUGGCCAUCGAUGUCUGUCCUGGCCCCAUACAGCCCAUCAAGCAGAUAUCUGAUUAUUUUCCCCGCUACCCGCGGGGUUUCCCCCCCGUAGCACCCCCCGCGCUCAGCCGAGCGGGAUCCCUGCACUCCUCCUCCAGCCAGAAGUCCGAGGGCCCCCCCCCUGAGCAAGCUCGCCAUGAGGAGGACCAGGAUCGUGCCUUAGGGGCCACAGCGCCGCCGCCCAGCAAAAAGGAGGAGGAGCCAGAUAUGGAGGGUUACGACUCAGACGACUCUACCACGCUGGGGACGCUGGAUUUCAGUCUGCUGUACGACCAGGAAAACAACGCCCUGCACUGCACCAUCAACAAGGCCAAGGGACUCAAACCAAUGGAUCACAAUGGGCUAUCGGAUCCUUACGUUAAGGUGCAUCUGCUGCCUGGAGCCAGUAAGGCGAACAAACUGCGCACCAAGACACUGCGCAACACCCUCAACCCCGUGUGGAGCGAAACGCUGACGUACUACGGCAUCACCGACGAGGAUAUGGUGCGCAAAACGCUCAGGAUUUCAGUAUGUGAUGAGGACAAGUUCCGCCACAAUGAGUUCAUCGGAGAAACGCGCAUCCCCCUGAAGAAACUGAAACCCAACCAGACAAAAAACUUCAGCAACUGCCUGGAGAAGCAGCUACCUAUUGACAAAACAGACGACAAAUCCCUGGAGGAGAGAGGACGCAUCAUGAUCUCCCUGAAGUACAGCUCACAGAAGUGCGGCCUGAUCGUGGGCAUCAUACGCUGCGCCCACCUGGCCGCCAUGGACGCCAAUGGCUUCUCUGACCCUUACGUCAAAACGUAUCUGAAGCCAGACGAGAACAAGAAAUCAAAGCACAAGACUGCAGUAAAAAAGAAAACACUAAACCCAGAGUUUAAUGAGGAAUUCUUCUAUGAAAUCAAAUAUGCUGACCUAACAAAGAAGACCUUGGAGGUGACAGUGUGGGAUUAUGACAUUGGAAAGUCCAACGAUUUCAUUGGUGGAGUUUCUCUGGGGAUUAAUGCCAAUGGAGAAAGGCUGAAACACUGGUUUGACUGCCUCAAGAAUAAGGACAAGAAAAUCGAGCGAUGGCACACAUUGACCAACGAACUGCCAGGAUCAGUGUUCAGUGACUAAACACAACCUACCCUCCAUUGUGGCUAGCAGCUCGUUCUGUCUGGCCUGGGUGAGAGCCUGCCUUGACUGACACAUUCAUUCCCACAAGAUCCUAAUUCAGAUAAUGGUUUGCAGAUGAAAUCUGCCUCAUUUCAUAUUCCCCAAAUUUUAUAUGUAUCUUACACUGAAGUUACGGUUUCAUGACAUAAAGUUACCCAGGACAUAAUGUAACCCUUGCCAGAGAAUAUAGAUCUUGCUUUGUCUCCAGAGUCAAAGAGCUGCCCAUCCUAAUUAUAAAUGUGACAUGUGGUGUCGAUAUGAUAGAUUAAUAGUGGUUCUCUAAAACGAACCAGAAAAUUUACAUCAAUGCAAUUGCUGGUGAGAAAACACUAUGAGAAUGUCACCCAUGCAGUGGCGUCUGUGCUUUAGUUGGCCAAAUUAAUGCAUUAAUGUUGAACCAACGCUGACAGAAUCCCUGAAGUUAUGUAGUCAGUCUGAGAACGGAUUAUACUGUGAAAUGCUCUUAUAGCUAUUUGGUUAUAAAAGUGAUUUUAAUUUGCCCAGGAGAACAGUGACUCCCAGGAAGAAAAUAUUUAUUUAUUUAUUGUUUAAUAUUUUUUUUAUCAGAUUGGGUGGUCAAAGGUGCACUGUAUUCAGCUCUGUUUCCUGAUCAUUCCUAAAAGAUUUGUUUAGAAAGCAACAUGUGUUUUAAACCUGUUUCCAAGUGUGUCAGAUCAAAUAAUCCGAAAGCAUACAGUAGAUGUUAGUUUCCUGAGCUAUUCAGAACAUUUUGGAGAAACAGAUGAGAGGUUAUUAGAAAAGAUACACAUCAGUAAGAAAGAUUAUGUAAGAAAUGUAAGUCAGUAUAAAAUGUGAGUGUUUGCUGUCGAUUACAUAGUGCACCUUUUUAAGAAACUACGCCCCCCAAAUCAUUCCCUAUUGUAUCAUAAGAUUAACAACUCAUGGUCUAUCACAUAACACAAGAUAAACUUAAAUGAAGAAAAAGCUAAAGUUAUUCUCGAACCUGCCAGCUGAGUUUGUUUGGUGCAGAGUAUUUACAAAAAAUGCAGAAAAGUAGCAUGCUGUAUCUCACAGUCACCAGUUUGGCACAUUACCUGCACUGCAAACACUGACAGCAGACAGUAACACGGCAGAAGGGGCUGUACAGUCAGGCAUCUUAAACACAUGCCUUCACCCAACAGGAAGGCAGAACUUUUUUCCCCACCUAUUAAAUUAUUUAUCAUACUCAGCUGACAUUGACACAGCACCUGGUUCAUAGCAAGCCUUUUGGUGUAUUUUGUUGUUCUGUGAUAAAGCUACUUUAGAAGUUUUAUUUGUUUUGUUCGCUCAUGGGAGUUUUACUUUUACGCAAAAAUGUUCAGAGGGCAGAACGAGAAAUUAUUGGUUCAGAGAGAUAACCAAUCGAAUUGUAGAGGAGGCGGGUCCAAGAUAUCUGAUUGGUUGGUCCCGCCUCCUCUCGCUGCUUGAAGCCACCUCCUCUAAAAUCUAAUCUCCCUGAACCAAUCAUUUUUUAUUCUGCCCUCAGAACAUUUUUGUGCAAGUAACACUUCAUGAGCAUUUUGUUCAGGUGUUGUAUAGCAUAGGAGGGACUAUGGGAGGUAACAGGAUCUUUAGUCAGGUUAAUUCUUUGCCCCAGAAAUGGCCCAAAGCUGCAGGAGAUGUGUCAGUAAGGCUGGCUCACCAAGGUAGACUCUCUCGCUGCCACAUUCGUGACAUUUUUUGCAAUCUGUUUGCCUUUGUAUUCAACCUCUAUACUAUGGGAAAAAUGCAUGCAAAUGUCCUUGGUUUGUCAUGAACUGACUUUACUAAAUGUUUGAUACUCCUGUUUUUUCUGUGAAAAAAAGACUUCUAUGGAUGCCAGAGGAAUGUCAGUCUUUCUUAAUGGACAAACAUUUUGUACUUUUACUGCUAUCGCAUUGCCUGUCAGGCUGCUGUAUUGACUGGAGAUGUGAAUGCAUGUUGAAAAAAAAAUGUCAAUGUUUUAUUUGUUUUAACACUCAGGCAAUUGUUGGCAUAUUCCAGUGGUUCUCCAAAAAAAAAGAUAUACUUGUAUUUCACUUUAUUCUUGCACCAAACGGCCCGAAUUAUCGUGCCUUUUUUGUGUGUUUUUGCACCACUCACUUUACAGUGUUCCCUAAAUCUAUACAAGCUUUUAAAAUCUAAAUAAUACAUUUGGCAGAUUUAUAUUCCCUGUACAUGUACAUUAUGUUAUACUUAGAUAUUGCAUUUUAAUCUGUGAGAUUUUCCCACUGUGACAUUUAUUGCCAAUGUUGUUGUACAGUGUGUCAGCGAUGGAAAGGUUGAGAUGAAAGGAUGAAAAAAAAACCAAAAAAUAACAUCCAUUUUUUGGAAGGAGCUUGCAGGACAGAAAAAGGAAGCGUUGUGAAUGACAUGAGCUGCGUGGUUUUCAUUAACACCCAGUACAUCUGUCUGCAGUGCAGAUGCUUGUUAAGGAUGGUCGUAGAUUUCCAGAUAGUUUUUUUAUUUGUUCCCUUUGAUUUUAUUUUUGAAAUGGUAUAUUGCCCUCUACUGGUUAAUAGUGGCAGUUCAGGACUAACCUUAAUGUCCUGGAUUUGCUUGAAGCAUCCAGUGAAUUCAUGUUGUUUCAAUGAUGAUUUCAUACAUUAAAUGGGGGCUACAGUCCCCCUUGUGCCCCUUAUCAGGAUAAGUGGUUAGGAGGUGGAUGAAUGGAUAAAAAUCACUGAUGCAGCUACUAAGAACUUUGAAACCAAACCAUUCUGAAAUUGCCCUUCACUGAAAAACAAAUUUGUUAGUUCUGAACACAGACCAUGAUUUAUUUGUUUUGGGAAAAAAACUAAUUCAGGUUAAAUUCACACAAGAAAAUCCGAGGAAACGCGGCUACAUCGGGCUGUUCAAGUGUACUGACUGCAACUUAUUGAUUUUUGUGAAGCACAAACGAAUGGUCAGUCAUAUAUUUACAUGUUAUUUAAGUUUGUGUACUUUAAUAAAUUAACAAAUAUUCUCUAUCAGAAA